CGGUCCACUUAAAAAAAGACUCCCCGCCCCUACGAGCGAGUCGUGCGGCUCCUGAAGGGCUCUGUUCGUAUGGUUGGAAAGUGUGUUACUCUCAUCCCACUGAGAUUGGUUUCUACUGGAAACUUGAUGCUUCAACAGAAAUUUCGGUCUGAGGCAUGGCAUCUGUACCGUCCGCCUCGGCCAGGGCCGCCGUGAUACGGUGUAGGGGCAGUUUGUUUGGACGAAAGCAACCCAAGAAGGCCUCAUCUAACGGCAGCGGGCUUAAGCGUACCCCUUCUAUCCAGUGGGUGCCACCGGCUCUCGCCUGGAAGGACCACACAGGGUGGGCUUCGAGAAACAAUGAGAAACGCUCAGUCGGUACACUUUUAAAUAUAAAAUGUCGACGGAAACAGGUCAAUAAUUCGUCCGGCACUUCGGCGCCAAAGCAGCCUUGCUCGCGUGGGAAUCAAGAGAAUCGAUUCGGCUCCCUGCUUCCUUUUCGGAUGGGGUUUUCUAGAAAGGACUGCAGGACUCGAAGCUUGGCGAGUGCCGAGGCUGUCCGGGAUAGGCUGACCCACUGGCAUGUCGGCGCCCCCUGUCCCCUGGAGGCUCGUCACGCCAUCCUCCGCCUCACGGUACCGUUGGGACCGCUGCUGGGACUCCCUGCUUCUCCUGCGCUCCAGUUCUCCACCUGGACGAACCUCGUCAGGAGAUGCCUCUGCUGGACGAGACCGCUUUCCUCGGUGUGGUACACAUUAGCCCCGAGGAACGGUGACAGACUCUCGGGAAGAGAGAACUCUUGCCAAGAUCAGCAGUGCCCUUUGCAGAAAAACCAAGACUGUGAACUGAAUGAAGAAGCUCGGUGGAAAGUGGCACACAGAAUUCAAAGUAUGGAGAAGGAAGGCAUAUCCCGGGACUAAGAGGAAGGCGGCCAGGCUGGAAGAGCCUGGGUGUGUAGUAUGAAGUAUCUGGGAGAUUUUUAAUUAAGAGAAAGUAGUGUUUAGCUUAAGAUGGGGUUACCACUUGUAUUUU